AUGAGGACAGGAGACCUCAAGGUAAGCGACCCCCAGGUAAGUUGGAUAUUGCUUUUUUGUCUUUGCCUGCUCACCACCUCUACUUAAACAAUGAACUAGCCCAAAGGCCAGCCAACCUACCAAUCCCCGCCGCCGCCCGCCGACGACGCGAACGCCUCCGUGGAGAACCAAUGGUGUCAACCUAGGGACACGGUCCAGUCGACCACCCUAUCCUCUCUCGAGCACGUUGCCAACAUCAGGACUGGUUCGACAACAAUGACGCCGACAUCAACAGCCUACUCGCCGAGAAGAACAGACUGCGCAAAGCCUACGUCAACUGUCCUACUGAAGAAAACAAAGUAGCCAUCUACCGCAGUCGUCGUCUUUUGCAACAGCGACUUCUGGAGAUUCAGGAGGCUUGGACAGCUCGCAUGGCCAAGGCGAUCCAAGAGUAG